AUGUCCAAUCUAACUAAAUCUCAUCGCUCACAAUCUUCAUUCGAGUUAUCACGCAUGACGGCAGAUACGAACGAUGACCAACCGAGCGUUGAAACCGUCAAGGAAAAGCCUUAUCAAAAUAAACGUAGAAACCUACCAAGAAAGAACAACGACGAUUGGAGUCACAUAGUUCAAAACCUAAGGAAAGACAAAAUACUAGUCAAUUCAGUGAGGACGACAGCAACGGUAGCAGAAUUUCGAAGAACGGUAGUAGAAGCUCGUCAGAUCGGGUUGGUGGAAGUAGAACACCGAGAGAAGAUUGACGCGAAAGAAGCCACCGAUAAGGAUGACUUGAUACGAUCCCCGUUUCAGAAGAAAUUGUUUUAUUUCUUUGAAUCACCUAGAGGAUGUGCUGCGAGAACGUUCUCCGUUUUCAACGCUUUAUGCAUUGUGGGCACUGUAAUCUUGAUUUGUAUUGACACUCUGCCAACAUUUGCAUUGUCUGAUUAUCGUGCUUUGUGGCUUUGUAUCGACAUAAUCGUGAUUGUAACGUUUACGAUAGAAUAUUUGGGCAGGUUCUUUGCUUCAGUAAACAAACUUAGGUUCUUCUUUAGACCCCUGAAUUUGAUUGAUUUAUUUUCAAUCGCUCCAUUUUACGUUCAAAUAUUUAUAGAAGGAAGAGCAGAGGCAUGUUCGGCAUUUUCAACGUUAAGAAUAGUGCGCUUGCUCAGGAUAGUUCGAUUGUUUGACUUUGCAAAACACUCGGAAUCAUUCAAAGUUACCGUGAGAGCGAUAAAACGUUCAACCAGCCAAAUAAUUAUAGUGUCAUUUUGGGUUUUCAUGAUAAUCCUGUUUUCAUCAGGCAUCAUUUACUUUUUGGAAAGAGGGACUUUUAACCAACAAGACAGGACCUGGUAUCGGAUGAAUCCCGACACCGAUCAAAUGGAAAAAAGCCCAUUCCAAUCCAUUGUACAUUCGUUUUAUUGGUCAAUGGUUACGCUAACAACAACUGGCUACGGUGAUGAAGUCCCAUACACCUCGUGGGGAAAAUUCUUUGCUGGCGUCACGAUGUUGUGCGGGAUAUUAGUUAUCGCAAUGCAAACCUCAAUCCUCGGCUCCAGCUUUGUUGCUGAAUGGACGGCACAUGAACGGGCUCAAUACUUAGCUAAACUAAAGAGAAGCCGUCAUCUAGUUAGACAGUCGGAUAAUCCGCACGUGGCUCUUGCGUGGCGAAGCAAACUGCUUCGUAAACGAAACGACGACCUUUUAGCAGCGAUCACAGAAGUGCAAGAAAAACUAGCAAACGUACAUCCGACCCGAUACUAUCAAAGGUAUAAAAAUUUGCAAGCACAGUACGAAAAUGCACUGACAAAAAUAUCCGAGUUGGAAGCCUCGUUGGAGAAAUGGCGGCGGCUUGCGCACAAUUACGAAAAGUUUAAUGGUUACCGCCAACAAAG